UGUACGUUUCGUCGUUUGUUUUGGACGAUGUUUUGGAAAAAUUACUAACUGAUUUUUGUUGUUAUUGUGUAAUUAUUUGUUUAAGUUCGAAACUUUGUAUAUUUCCAAAAUGGAUUUAAAUAUAUGGACCACACGCUGUGUGUUUUGUUAUAGAAAUAGCAAUCUAGACUGAUUUGUGAUGAAGUCGAGUUGAACCCAGACGGCAAAGGUUACACGACGACCACCGGAAGUGAAGAUCUGCUGUCCGCUGUCAUCUCGGUCCCUAAUCUGUCAAUUUAAUAAACAGUUUUGAAAUAAGUGGACUAGACAGCCACCAUACACCCUGACCAAAUGAGCAAAACAUCACCAAAUUUAAGCACAAGGCAGAGGUCAGUUGACCUGAUGAACUCAAGUGAAGAGUCACUCAACACAGUGGCAUCCGGACAGUCUCACGAAGACUCACCAACAGGAAACAAAGAUGAAACCAGAACACGAUCUCCCGAUCAGAAUCUGUGGAACCAGCAGGAUGUUAUCCAGGAGGAGGAAAUCAACUUGAACACAAGUCGGAACAUAAUCCAGAAAGCGAGCGAUACGUCGUGUGGGCCGUCACAAGCAGCGUCGACCAUCGCCGUGUGCCCCACCGCAGAGAAGUCUACAUCGACCGCGUCCAACCUAGUACCCCAGAAUGACGGCUCAUUUCUUAGCGUGGAAAACUUCUCCAGUGAUGACAGAUCUGAGACGAGUUUACGCAAGGGGGACUCGCUAUCUGAUGGACAUUCGGACAAAGAUAACAACAUCGCAAAGCGAGAGCGAUCGUUUGAGAGAUCUCUGGACAACAUCAUGGACAAGUGGUCAGAGAAGUCCGUUGACCUCAACCUCAGCAUCGACUCGUGGAAUGGGUCAGUCAGCGAUAUCUCGCGGACAACGGACCUGGCCAGCCCCUCGUCUACCUCGGCAAAGUACAAGAUCGAAAAGAAAAAGAAAUCUUGGUAUACGAUGCUGGCACCAACCUACAAGUCAAAGACGGAAGAUUUCAGAAAAACGUUUAAAGAUAUUCCAACAGACGAGAGACUGAUAGUGGAUUACUCGUGUGCUCUUCAGAAAGAUAUUCUAGUUCAAGGUCGCAUGUACAUCACUCAAAACUGGAUUUGUUUCUAUGCUAAUAUCUUCCGCUGGGAGACGGUGCUUACAAUUUCCUGUAAGGAUGUGACGGCAAUCACGAAGGAAAAGACAGCGCGGGUUAUUCCUAAUGCUAUUCAGAUUACGUCUGAUAAAGAAAAAUAUUUCUUCACGUCGUUCGGUGCUCGUGACAAAUCUUACAUGAUGUUGUUUAGAAUAUGGCAGAAUGCACUGAUGGAGCAGCCGAUGAACAAUAAGGAGCUGUGGCAGUGGAUCCACUACAGCUACGGAGAGGAGCUGGGCGUGACGUCGAGUGACGAGGACUACAUCGCAUCACCGUGCUUGGAUGACCUCAGUAAGGAAGACUUGCCGCAGGAGUUAAUUUCCGACUCUGAAGCUCAAGUUGAUCCGAGCGCCCUGCUGGAGAAUGAUGAUGACUUCCUACCAGAUGACGAGGAUGAGGACGAGGACGAGGACGAGGACGAACUUGACGUGGAAUCUCCCAUCUUGAUCAGCCUGACGAAGGCAGACGACUCGUUGGUGAGCCUUCCCCGGGCCAAGAAAGUGUCGUCGAUGAGUCUACUGCGGACAGAGGACGUGUCGGAAGGCAGCGACACGACUGAGGACAGUGAAGAGGAAGUGGUCUGUUCUGGACACACCCACCUACAGAAGCUGUACAUGGAUGAGGUUUUCUCUCUUCCCAUCGACACAAUCUUCGAGUUGCUCUUCACAGACUCGGCUUUCUUCAGACAGUUUGUCGCAUCCAGGAACACAUUUGAUCUGGAACUUCCUGCCUGGGAAGAAGACCUCGACUCGUCUGGUAGCCGACUGCGCACGAUCACAUACACCCUGACUCUGAACCAGUCUAUAGGACCGAAAAAUGCCUACGCCACGGAGAAACAGACAUGCUACCGACAGAGUCAGCCGGGUAACAUGUACAUCAUUGACACAGAUGUGCGUAAUGCAGGGAUCCCGUACGCCGACGCGUUCAGUGUCACGACGCGCUACUGUCUGACGCGAGUCUCCAAGUGCAAGUCAAGAGUCCACGUGUCAAGCAGCAUCAACUUUUACAAGUCUAUCAUCGGAAUGGUCAAAGGCAUGAUACAGAGGAGUGCUGUCAGUGGACUGACCGACUAUUUCCGCGCAUUAUCUGCUCAUCUGCGGAAAGAAUCUGAGAAAAACGAAAGUUUACGAGUCAGCCACAUGCCAAAGAAGAGGACGUUGCGGCGGCGCCGUAAACUGCAGAGUGGUGUGUCUGACAUCGUGCCAGACAGACCAGCAACCUCAGUACCUCCAUCACCCAGCAGAGCUGGUAUUGAUGACAGAUCGAGAUGUUCAGGGUCCUGUAUCAGAGUUAUAUGUUUCAUUCUGAUUCUGCUCGUAAUGUUCAACGCACUUCUCUACUACAAGCUUUGGUCUCUUGAGAGCCUCGCCAACGCAGUCUACUUCUCACAUUCCGAUAAAAUCAUUGAUGAUUUACAAAAAUAUCCACGGUCACAAAGAGAGUGGGUACAGCUACUGAAACGACAGAUGGUCAUGCAAGAUGGAGAACUAGAGAAGUGGAAAGAUGUCCUGUCUGCUUCUAUACAGCUCAUUGACCAGAUAAAAGGAACGCUAGUUGACCUACAUAACACAUUGAAUCGCAGAAAAAGGCCAAAACGAUCAACACAGAAAGGACAGUCCCAGUCAUGACAACGAUAUACCACGAGCUCAUCGAACGACUCAUGUUGACUGCAAACUGGAGUAUAUCUCUUCCCGAUAAUGUCAGCCUUUCCCGUAUCGGAUUUUCAAAUAUUUAUGCAGUAGCUUGUUCCAUGAGCUUGUGGGUGUUUUAUUUUGAGGCGUGAUUUCCUAUGAGCCCACUGUACAAAUCGCGGACAGUGGAUUUGAGAGUGUCUCUUCUGAUAACAUCACUAUUUCUUGUAUCAGAUUUAAAAGUAUUUAUGCAGUGCUUGUGGGUGUUUUAUUGUGAGGGAUUGUUUUCGUAUGAACUGAUCUAACAAAUCAUAUGAGCAGUGAAUUCGAGAAAUCUCUCUUCCGAUAAUAGCACUGUGUCAUCAUACGAAGAAAGUUUUAAAUAUUCAAGCAGGAGCUUGUUCUUUUUGCUUGUGGAGUUUUAUUGUAAGCAGGAGGGUUUUAAAGAGUCGUAUGUAUUUUUAUUUGAUCAAAUUGGAAUGACAAAUAUGGGACUCCAGCAUAUUUCAAAAUGCCAGAGUAUUACUUUGUAAUGUUAUUGCUAGCUACAUGUAUGCGGGUGCUGUCCCACCCGCACCCCGAACCCUACCUCCAUCCCUGCCCCCUGAAAUAUUCCCUGUGACUCCUCUAAACUUUCAAGGCUGUUUGCUCAAAGUGAUUUUAAUGUGUCUUUCUUUUUUAAACUCUGGUUUGCAAAACAAGCACAGCAUGUCCAUAAUAAAAUCUAUAUUUUUCUAUGUUUAGUUUCAAAUUAUUGGCCUGCUGUGAAAUUAGCAUUUAUUGAUAACAUUUGAAAAAGACUUGCAUAACUGAAUUUCUGUCAAAAUGUGAAUAUAUAUUUUCUGCGAACCAAAACUGUAUCUUGGCCCCUGUGCUUAUAGAACAUUUGGAGUCUAGACUCAAAUUAACAUGUAGCUCCCUGUUUUGUCUGUUCAAAAAUGUGCCAAAUUUCCUCCAAGAAAGUGCGCACUACUUUCCUUUUUGACUUGAUCCUACGGGAUAUUCAAAAUUCAAUAACACCAACAUUGCCCCCACCUUACUACCGAUUCCGAUCAGGCUGCUGGUGCUCCCUUGCACUUGCCAGCACUGGCGGUCCCCUCUUCCACCCACCACAACCCUUUUUCUGUCCUGGACGGAGGAGCCAGCAGAGGCCAGUGCCGAGGACAGGCGUGCACUACGACAGCUUGUUCUGAAUAUGCAUUUAAAACGCUAUGACAUGACCUGACAGGACUCAAGACUGUAUUAAAUUUUGUAUAUGUGUGAAAUCAUUUAAGAUUCGAGUCUGGACUCCUAAUUUGACAAGGUCUUAAAUUAAACUAGUGCUUCCAUUACCCACAAAAUAAUAAAUUAGAUUUUUGGUAGUGAAAGCCUAACUGCAGUGUCUUGUACUUAAUGGAAACAUGAUAUAGCUCAGUGGUAAAAUGUCCACAUACAUAGAGGAUAUUUCGUGUUUUUUGUCAAAUAUGAUUUAUAUCUCAUCUCGUGAAGUUUGCAAUCAUAUCUCACGAGUCG